AUGGCGCAAGCAGCACCCGCCGGCUCAUUUGCAAACCGCACGAUCAUUGUUACCGACGCAGCAGGUAGUAUAGGUAGACCCCUCUGCCUGGCUAUUGCUCAAGCUGGCGCCAAUGUUGUUGUGAAUGACAUUGGCUGCUCUCCUGAUGGAAAAGGCUCCUCGAAAUCCCCAGCUGAACAACUCGUCCAUGAGAUUGCCUCUCAAGGCUUUUCUGUCGUGCCAGAUACGCAUAACGUGGCAACCGAAGUAGACAAGGUUGUCGAGACAGCUAUCACCAAGUUUGGGAGUGUGGAUGUUAUCAUGAACAAUGCCGGUAUCAUAACUUACGGGCCGAUAGCAGCCCAGGAUCCGGGAACGGUACGCAAAGUAUUCGAGGCCAACGCGCUCGGCGCCAUUGCGCUCUGUCAUUACGCCUGGCUAUACAUGAAGAAUCAACAAUAUCGGCACAUUAUCAACUUUACCUCAGAAUCCGUCUUCGGCAUGCCAUAUAGCACAGCAUACGCCCUUUCUCGCGGCGCCCUCCUUGGAGUUACGAAAUCGCUAGCAAAUGAAGGACGUCAAGACAAUAUUCUGGUCAACGCCAUCGGACCAUCAUCCCAUUCACGCAUGGUUGCAGACGUCAUCAAAGACCUACUGGAAGAACAGCAAGCGAAUUUCAAAAAUGCCUUCACCGGGGAGUCCAACGUCCCGGUAAUUUUGGCCCUUGCUAGCGAAGAUCUCAAGCAUUCUGGUCAAAUUUGGUCGUCUGGUAACUACUCAAUGAGCCGCAUAAUCCUAGAGACGGUUAAGGAGGUCAAACCACUCGUUUCUAUGGACGAGUGCUUGUCUGUGAUGGACGAAUUGUUAGACAAAGACAGAAAGUGGGCAGAACCACAAAACAUGCAGGAAUUUUGGGACUUCAAGGCACAAGCUUGA